AUCCCAGCUGGCUCGUUAUACCCAGUGACCAGCGAGCGAGGGGUGUGUGUGUAAAGGCGCCCAGAGAGCGAGCGAGAGAGAGAGAGAGCGAGGCGGUCACACACACACAGCCACACAUGUGUUGCGGGAGUGUCGAUGUUCGGGUGUUCGUGUAUGAUACGGUGACGGCUGCAUAACACCGCGUACGAGAGAGCAGCCAGGGCAAGAACAGGAGAAGAACGUUUCUCAUACGAUAUAGUUGGAUUUCAGACGAUAUAGUUGGAUUUCAGACGAUAUAGUUGGAUUUCAGACGGUAUAACAACGAGGAGUUGGAUGCGGUGUGUAUAGCCAAGACUCAUCGUGACAGUGUCUUGUACGUGUGCACCACGCGGCUACUGCAUUGUGCCUCGUAGCUGUGUAUGUGUGUAUGUGUGUGUAGCGCUGGAAAACUGCGCAGGGAUGAACGAAGGGCGGCUGAAAAGUUGGAGGUAACAUCACGACAGGGUCGACGCUGGAUCGGUGACUUCACGUGAUUAAGAGCAGCUCGAGCGAGGCACGAGAGGAAGCGUGUUAGAGAAGGCGUCUGAAGGAAGCCUGUGAAAAGAAAGCCUGUAAAAAGGAAGCGUGUGAAAAGGAAAAGGAAGCGUGUGAAAACCGCGCCAAAGACGACAUCGCUCCCACCACUGCCGCCGCUGCCACUGCCGCUGCCGCCGCUGCUACUGCUACUGCUGAAGGAACCCAUCACGAGACCUCAUCGUGUGACCUCAUAACGUGACGUCAUCACGCGACCUCACCAUGACCCUCACAUCGUCGUCAUCGUCGCCUUGCCCUCCCCUCGUCGUCGUCGUCGUCGUCGUCAUGGCGACGGCGUGCGCUCUCGCGCGAGGCUUCGUGCUCGAGGGCUCCCCCAGCUCCUACGCUCGCUUCCCGCGCUGGCCCUCUGCCGCAGACGCUGACGCCUCGCUCACGUUCGAGUUCCGCACCGACCAAUCGGACGGCCUGCUCAUGUACACCGACGACGGCGGCCAGACGGACUUCUUCGAGCUGAAGCUGCUAGGGGGAGCCGCGCGGCUGCGCAUGAACCUAGGCGGCGGUGCGAUCGCGCUGCGCGCCGGCUCCGACCUGAACGACUUUGCGUGGCACCUCGUCGAGGUUCGCCGCCGGGGGGCGCUGACGUCGCUCGUCGUCGACGACGCGCCGCCGCGGUCGGCCGUGGUCGCCGCGGUCGACGACGGCGCGUUCGGCAACGCGACGACGAACAGCGACGUGUUUUUCGGCGGCCUGCCGCGCUUCUACCACCAGCGGCUCUCGUCGCUCGCACUGCCCUCUGUCGUCUUCGAACCGCACUACCGCGGUCACGUGCGCAACGUGGUGUACGUCACGGCCGGAGGGGAGGGCACGACGGUGCGGCCGCGCAUGAUUGACAGCGUCGGGCUGCGGUAUAACGAGGUGGACAAAUGUGAGGUGGAGAACCUGUGUCAGCACGGAGGGUUGUGCAUCAGCACCGACACUGGCGCCAUCUGCAGCUGCAGUUUCGUCGACUACGAGGGAGAGUUCUGCGAGACCG